AUGGAGUUGGCAGAAAGUCAAGGGAAUAGUACUUUAACAGUAGAAGAAAGUGCUGUUUUAAAUGAUAAAAAAAAUGUUAUUUCUCAUAUUUUUCAUGGAAAUGAGUUUUUUACAGCAGGUUUAGGAUUAAUGGGAUUGGGUACUGGAUUGGCAUUUUUUCGUUAUGGGGCUAUUCGAUCAGCUGAUCUAAUAAAACGUUAUAUGACAGUUUCUCUUGAAAUUCCAUCUAAAGAUAAAAGCUAUUUAUGGAUUCUUCAUUGGAUUUCUUCACAGAAGUUUUCAAGAAAUCUUCAUCAAUUAGCAGUAGAAACUAAAUAUAAACAACAUGAGAACGGGAGUUUAAGUACUUCUUUUAGUCUUGUUCCUGGUCCUGGAAAGCAUUAUUUUAGAUACAAUAAUAUAUGGAUUCAGUUUGACCGUCAAAAAGAUGGGAAAAUGAUUGAUUUGUCAACAGGAUCUCCUUGGGAAACUAUUACUUUAACAACAUUAUCUAGAGAUCGUAAAAUAUUCAAUGAAUUACUUUAUGAAGCACAGAAUUUUGCUAUGAAAAUGCGAGAAGGAAAGACAGUGAUUUAUAUGAGCUGGGGUCCUGAAUGGCGACCUUUUGGGCAGCCAAGACGCCGAAGAAUGUUAGAAAGUGUUAUUCUUGACAAAGGUGUUAAAGAACAAAUAAUUGAUGAUAUUAAAGAUUUUUUAAAUAACGAAAACUGGUAUUCACAAAGAGGUAUACCUUAUAGAAGAGGUUAUUUGUUUCAUGGACCUCCGGGCAAUGGUAAAACAUCAUUUAUACAAUCUAUUGCAGGAGAACUUGAAUACAAUAUAUGUUUAUUAAAUCUUUCUGAAAAAGGUUUAACAGAUGAUCGUCUCAAUUAUUUAUUAAGUAAUGUUCCUGUAAGAAGUAUAAUAUUAUUAGAAGAUAUAGACGCCGCUUUUUCAGGACGUGAAAAAACUGAACAUGGAUUUGGGAAUAAUGUAACUUUCUCUGGUCUUUUAAAUGCAUUAGACGGUGUCGCAUCGACUGAAGAUAGGAUUAUUUUUAUGACGACAAAUCAUCUUGAUAAACUAGAUCCGGCACUUAUUCGACCAGGGCGUGUUGAUGUUUUAAAGCACUUUGGAUAUGCAUCAGAUUAUCAAAUUUUAACAAUGUUUCUACGAUUUUAUGAAAACAAAUAUGAUGAGGCAAAUGUUUUUUUAGAAAAAAUAAGAGCAAUUGGUGCUCCGGUUACUACAGCCGCACUGCAAGGGCUAUUUGUUUAUAAUAAAGGGCAGCCUGAUUGUGCCAUAAAAAUGGUUCCUUUGUUAAAGGACGCCGAUCAACAUCUUUAA